AUGAUCAAAGAAGGAGACGAGCUCAUCCAACGUGUCGCACCGGAACCCACGCAUCGUUUUGCCGUUUACCCAUGGAACUACGACGAGCAGGGCAAUUUGAAACAGACUCCGCACAUCACAAAAGAAGAGCUAGAGGCGUGGAGGAAACUCGAUCCGAAAUGGAAGAUUCGCCCCAUGGACCCUGCAGGCAUGCCGCUGCCAAUCGUGAAGAAGCUCAAGACGAGCCAUGAUGGACACGUAAUGCCGGGAUUCGACGAUUACACGAUAGAUGAGCGGAGGGAGGCGCUCAAAGCGACGGGACCCGGUGCUUUUCCCAUGAAAGACGUUCUAUGGAGGAUUGACCGGCGGAAGCGCGAGCGACAGGCGAUAGAGUUGCAACAAUCUGAAGCCAAGGUGGAGUUCUUGCAGCGACGUCUCGCUGCCGCUGAGAUCAAGAAAGAGAAGGAAACAAAGGAGACG